AUGGAUCCUCCGAAAGAAGGUUCCGGCGAGACCGGAAUUUCUACCUCCGGUAAACGUUUAAUGAAAGUUAAACAGGAGAUCGGUGAGAAAAUGAAAAGAGACAAGAAAGAAGCCAAAGACUCAAUUGCAGGAAGGGUUUCCAAGCGGGUGAAGAAGAAGGAUGCUUCUGGUGGGAGUGCCUCUGUGGGACCUCACUCGCCUUCCUUAUUGAAGAUCCAAGAGGUUGUUAACCUCAUGGUUCAAGCUUACGGUCAAAAGGAGUUGGCCAGGGUUUGUUCCUCCGACGAAACCCCUGAAACCGCCCCGGAGGGUUGGUUUUGCAUUCAUGAGAAAUAUAUCUCUAAAUGCCACCUCCGGUUUCCGCUCCCAGACCUUUUGUUAGAUCUUCUUGACCAUUACCAGCUGGCCCUCUCUCAGCUCUGUCCCUCUGUUAUCCGGGUGAUAAAUGGUUUCAUCACCAGGGCCAAGGAAGAAGGGGUCGCUGUUGGGCUAACCGAGUUGAUGAGUCUUUAUACGAUCAAGGAGAGCUCUAGUAAGGAUGGUGGCAGCGGUACCUACUACCUUCCUUGUCGUCCUAGGCUCUGUCUUUUUAAGUCCUCCGGUAGUGAUGAUGAUUGGAGGAAGAAAUAUUUCUAUGUCAAGAUCGACCCCUCAACAGUUCCUGUGGGUCGUGCUCUCUCGAUUACUUGGUCCGAUAUAACUGAUAUCGAAGAUCCUCCCAAGCUUACUGAUAAGCUGUCUAGAGCUCUUUUUCGGAAACUGUAUCAAAGUCCCAAUACUUGGGCGUCUUUUACCAUUUCUCGCAUUGGAUCUGCUAGGUUCCCGGAGCAAUAUAAUGCCAGGUUCCCUGACCCAAUUCCAUCUGAAGAUUUAGAAGUUUCUGAAGGUCCUUUCAUGGUAGAUCUUUCGACUGGAGCUAGUACUUCCGAAACUGAAAAGACUCAAGCUCCCAAGAUGAGGCCUUCUUUCCGUUCCAGGAGCAAACCUGCUGCAGCUGCCAGUGCUUCGCGAGGCAGCGACAAGACCCAAGGAGGAGCCUUCCUUAGCUCGCUGAAGGAGGUCCUUGACGAUGGAUCCUCUGUUCCUGUCGGGGAUGUCAUCCCAGUCGAAACCAGAGCUCAAGAUGUUGUUCCUCGUCUCGAGAUUCCGCCGGUUAAUGUUAACCCUCAAGCUGCUGGAGAUCCCUCUGAGGUCGAACCUCCGAGAAACAAGAGGUCUCGGACUGAUUUGGGAGAUAGGCCCGCCAGGUCUUCCUCCUCGUCUUCGCGGGGAGGGACCGUCGGCUGGAACUUUACCCAUUCUAAACCAGGAUCGAUCUUGGAUGACCCUUGGGGUUUGGCAACCAUCAUGAGGCAUAUGAAGAUGGUCGGAUGUUCCAUGCCUUCAAUCAAUGGUCUAACCAACAAGGAAGAAUACAUUGAGAUAGCUCACCACAUGGGUCAGUUAGCUGGAGCCAUCAACAGAGCUCAGCUGAGGUUCGAGGAGACCGUGAACGGUACUCCCAGUGCUGGGGAUUUAGCUCAGGCUACUGAGUUAUUCAAGAGUACUAAAAUGGAGCUCGACCUAGCUCGUGCUCGGGUUUCUGAGCUUGAAGCUGAAGUCGGGAGGCUCGGUUUAAAGGCUGACACUCAGCAGGGGAAACUCGAAAGUCAGGCUAUCGAUAUUCGGGUGAAGAACAGGAAGAUCAAUGAGUUAGAUGCUGCUCGCAGGAUAGCUGAGCGUCAGGUUCAAGAGAUGAUCGCCUCAUCCCAGGUUAGUCAAAGGAACAAAGAAGCUGAAGUUAAGCUUGCUGUUAGGAAAGGUAAGAAGGAGGUAGCCGAUGCCUACAACAAGAUCCUGACCUCUGUGAAGGAGAAGUUUGUCAAAAAGAAGGAUGAGACUGAUGCCCUGAUCUAUGCUCAGGAGCUUCAGGCGAACACCGAACUUCUGAAGGAUUUGUUGUCUAAGGAGAUUGAGAAUGCUGAAGAGGAGUAUCACCGUUUGAUGGUUUUGGUCCCGGAGGCUGCUGCUGCGUACGAGAAAGCUCAAGUUUCCGAUUUCUCAGUCAGCAAGCUCCCCAUUCCACAAUUCUCCGAAAGCUCAGGUACUUUUGAGAUUAAUAUGUUUAAUCCGGCGUUUUCUGGAGAAUACGGUUCUAACUUGGGUUCGAUGUCUCCUGAUCUAGUCCCAGUUGAGACGACCCUAGGAGGUGUCGACCAGGAUGCUGAAGUGGAGGCUUCCGCCAAGGAGGGUGGUCCUAUCGAGAAGAACAAGGAUGAUGAAGCUGAUCCUGGAUCCGAGGAAGGUUAA